UACUUAAAGAUCAACCACCAUCAUGUUCAAAAACACAGUAAUUAUCUGGACCGGGGAGUCCCUGACCAACACACUACUUCAGUGAAAACAAAUGGUCACUGACGUCCUCCAUCCUGGGAAGGCAGCAGCACCUAAGACAGAAAUUUGGAAAAAAGUGGCCAAAAUAUGUAACACCACACCAGAUGUCAUCUUUGUGUUUGGAUUCAGAAGCCAGUCUGGUGGUAGCUAUAUGACUGCCUUUGUCAUGAUUUAUGAGUCCUUGGAUCACGCAAAGAAAAAUGACCCCAAACAUAGACUUGUAAGACAUGGCCUGUAUGAGAAGACAACCUCAAGAAAACAGAAGAGGGACAUAAGAACAGAAUGAAGAAGGUCAGGGACUGCAAAGAGUGAGCUGGGGACUGGACAACAGAAGGAGUAAAUAUU